UCAGCAAAAUAGGAUACUACCACUGACCAGUAAUUUACAUAGGUCUAUGGUCUGAUCCUAGCAGAAAGGUAGUAAAAUAAUUAGAUUUUUUUACUUGUUUUAGUUUGGCAUCGUGCUAAACAUGAUUCACCAGCCUGCUGUGAUAAACAAAGGUACUGAAGGCAAUGAAUGGUACAGUAGUACUUUAUAAUAAAAAUGGCAGAUGAAAGGAAAGUUGAGGAGCCAUUCGCUGAAAGAAAGAAUGGCAGAGACAACAUAGACACAAAUAAAGAAAAAGUAUCUGAAAGAUACAAAGAAGUUGCAUUCAGUGCAGAAAUAGAAGUGCACAAAUUUAUUCAAGCAGAUGACACUGGCAAUGAGACAAUUUUAAACCAAUCAGAUUUCCCAACUAAUGAAUCUGGUAAAGGUUUAGAUGACAAUUUAAAGUAAUGUGACACAAAAGAUGCCAUUGGUCAAAUGUUUGGUAAUGGGGACGAAUGUACAAAGGACGACCAAGUAGAUGGUGUGCGAAAAGUUGACGAUGGCCAUCUGGGUAUAAAGGAUGACCAAGGUGUGCAACAUGUUCGUAAUGGUGACCAAGGUGCAGUAGAUGACCAAAUAGAUGUGGAAGAUGCAAGUAAAGAUAACAUAGGUUUAAAGCAUGAUAACAUAAAUGGAAAAACUGUUGGUAAUAGUGGCUACGGUACAAAAUAUAACCAAUUAGAUGUGCAAAGUACAGGUAAAGAUGGCCAACUAACAAAGGAUUACCAAAAAGAAAAUAUAUGUAUUCAUAACCAAGGUACAAUUGCUUACCAAGUUAAUGGGAAAAAUGCUGGUAAUGAUUACCAAUGUACAAAGGAUGUUGAAGUGUAUAGGCACAAUGCUGGAAAUUGUGACCAAGUUGCAGAACUAGUUUUAAGAAAAACAAGCCAGGAGCAAGAUGACUUAAAUUACUCCGGAAUUAAAAAAAAAACAAAUCUAAACAGAAAUGAAGAACACACAAAAUGAAUGUUACUCAAAAGAAAGAAGUUCUAGGCCUAGGUACAGAAUGUAUAUUUGGUAAUAGUAUCAAAAUAGUUAAUGGCAUUGAACAACCUUCAGACAAUACAAAAUUAUCAGAGGAGCACAUUGAAGAAAACAUAGAAAGAGAGGUAAUAACUCCAAGACAAAGAAUUUUAUUGCUACUGAUGAUAAUGACAGUGGCCAUGGCUAUGAAGAUGGAAUGGUAGAUUUAGAAUCUGAUGAACAUGCUGAAUUUGUCCAUGAUGGUGAUGAUGAUAUUGAAGAGUUACAGAAACUGAUAGAAGAACAUCAUCUCACAAAAUGUGACAGUGAGGCAGAACUAUCAAAUACAGGUAAUAGGAUGUUGUUGACUCAGGAGGACCAGUCAGAGAAACCUUACUAUGACAAGGUGCCACCAAUAUCUGCCAGCAAGAGGCCAGGUCAACGACUGACACCAAAUAGAGCUCUUAUUGCCCAGAUUCCAACAUCAUCUGUAAAAUGGAACUUAAGUGAUGGGAGAAUAUCUACACAGCAGUCUGGAAGACUCCCACCAAAUGUCAUUAAAAUGUCUACUGUUAUGUUAUCAGCAAAGAAGAGACUACUGAGUGUGAGCCAAUACUAUGAAGACAAAAAACAUGCUAAACUUCUGAGAUCGGAAUAUGAGCCUUCUCCAAAUGAGUACUAUCCUCAUAGAUCAAUUGCGUUGACGUUACCCAGUGCUCCAGCGUACACAUUUGGAUCCAGGCACACUGGAACAUGUACGUCCAUCAGGAAUACAGACCCAAACAACCCUGGUCCUGGAAAUUACACGCCACGAAUCCAGUUUAUGUCAACGAAACGACAUCGACCAUCCUUCACAAUCAAAGGUGUAAGAGUUCCCUAGAGUCACAUGCUGGGACCACAUGCAACACUUUGAAAAAUAGUUCGAGCUGUCAUCAUCUAUUUACUUAAAUUGAUGUGCUUUAAGCAAGAGAGAGGAGGCAUCAUUCGUUCGUUCAUGUGAAUACAUAAUCACAGGAGCUACACUGGUCUUAAUGCAGCUUCCUUUAGCGAAUGUUUGUGUAUAAUGAAUUCUAUAGUUGCUGUUAUCCGUUGACUGGAACAGUCGUAGCAUGGUCACCGACAAGCAGGUUUACAGCUCCUUAACAAGGAGUCAUAACAUCGAAUGAGGGUGAUUGGGAGGUAGUGAAAUAGUGAGGACAAGACAUAAGGCCUAUAAGCACCACAUUAGAAUGACAGUAAACAACUCAAAGUGAAGGAACAGAAACAGAAAUAUAAACAAACAGAUGUUUUCUCAAACUACUAAUAUCCCAAACUGUUAAUGGCAAAAAUGCUAAAUUAGCAUGCAUUCCAUCAUGAAAUGCAGUUUAAGAAUUGAAAGUGGGGAAGAGAUGUUGUUUUGCCCCAGAUAAUAUUUUGGAUAAAUGGGAGUUGAUAAUGAUCAAUUUGCAAUGAACAACACCUGACUAAACAUUUAAAAAUGACCUUUACAUGGGUUAGUGCAAGGGGCACCUGCAGAUGGUCAUUAUGCAUCAUCAACCUCUAAUUUAGCCCAUUCUGUCAUUCCUAUAAUGAACCUGAUUAAAGCCAUCUAGAACCAAAUUUGUGUGAUUGAUUUUGGUGUUGCCUUUAACAUUUACGAAAUCGACCACCUAACUCAUUGAUAGUGCAUUUGUUCUUACAACACAACUUUUUGUUAUCAAUGUAAAAAAUAUACAAAAAAAGAAAACAUUAUUUUCUAAUUUUACGAACAAAACAAUACGAAAGUCUUGUACUAAUUCUGCCUAAACAUGUCCAUGUUUAAUGCCUAUUUUGGCAUGCAAAAUGUUAUUUAUGAAUACGUUUACUAGAUACCUUUUCUAUUUCUCUUUAAAAGUUAUUACAUUUCUGUGCUCUUUUACCAAAGUAUACACUUCCUAUUUCUUUUUAGUUUCUUAUAUUGAUACUCAGUAUUAAAUAUACAAAAGAAAACAUUUACAAAGGCUAGGCACAUACAAAUAUAAGGAAGUAAGAAGUUUCAGCAUUAUAUCAUAUAUAUCAACAUUAUAAUAAAACUCGGUAUAAGUGUGCCAGAUUUUAAUAGUUUUUAAGUUUUAUAUGUAUAAUAUAUGUGAUCAUGUUUCUUGAAGUGUUGUUAGAUGAUGAUUACGAUAAUGAACUAGCUGCUGUAUAUUUAUAGGUUAUAUUGUAUUUUUAAAUAUAUACUUCCUGAGGUCAAAUAAAAAAAUCACCUUCAUGUAAA